CAUAUUUUAAUCAAAAAGUGCAUGAAAGUUAACGCAAUCACAUCUCUGUGUUUGUUGCGAUUACGAUCACGAGAAUUAAACGCAUUUGUGCGCGUUUUCUUAUUCGCAAACACAAUAUCUUGGCGGGAAAAUCUAUUUCAAAAACGUGUUUCAGGAAGCUGGCAAUCGGGCGUCUAGAUGAUACAACCAGGUCACAACUAUCAUAACGUGUGUUUCCUGACCUGAUAGGCUGACUAUACGGAAGAUCUCCACUCUUGAUUCAGAUUUUAGAGACAUCGCUUUUGAGAAGUCGAGUAACUAUUAAAGAGGGCCUAAGUAAUGUGUCUUUUGUCGCACAAAACUAACCAGUUGUAAUGGAAUUUCUGGGGAGAUAGAGCAAAGGAUUUUGGUAUAUAGUGUUACCACCGUGCUAGACCAAGUGAUUUUACCGGCAAGAUGGGCAACAAGCAGUCUCGUUCCAGUGACGAGAGCAUUCGAUCUGAGGCUGGCUCGUUUAAACGUGGUAGUAUGAAACGGAGUUCGUCUACUCUACGAACGAGCACCUUACGGUCUUCAACAAAGAGUGCCAGGGAAGGAAAGUCAAAGGUUCUGUAUUGUCAGACAAAAGACAAUUGCAGCCUUAAGAUAUAUUCCCUUGAAGAGAAGAACAAAGUAGUUGCAUUGCUUGAUUGCGGCGGGCGAGUUUAUUCCAAUGGCAAGUUGGUCUAUCCGUUUGAGAGGGGUAAACCUCCUUGUGGAGAGAAUGAAAUAGAGGAGGAAUUCAUGCCAGACAGACUUGAAGAAGAAACAUACCGGAACCUGAUGAACAGUAUGCCAGAGACUACUGCUCGAUACAGUAAAUACAAAGGGGUCGUGGAUAAUAUUCUAGGUCAGAUUGCAUCAACAUUUGACCAGCUUGUCAAAGACCGCUCUACGCUAGUAGACCGAGUUAGGAAGCUGGAGCAUGAGAACACUAACUUAACGGUAAAGGGAGUAGAUCUUAAGAGAGCACAAAUAAAACUACAGCGGCUUGAGUUAGAAAAGAAGAAAAUGAUGAUCAAGAUCGAUGAACUGGAAGCAAAAUAUGAUGUUGCAUGCGCUGAUGUAAAGCGUCUUCGAAAAGUUCACCAGAAAAGGAUCAUUCGUCCUCAAAAUCUAGUUCUUGACGAUACACAAAACAGUUCUGAGAUAAUUAACCAAAGUGAUGUAAAAUCACCAACGACACCAGCCGAUGAAUCAGAAACGAAGGUUGGGCACUUGAUCAAGAGAGGUAACAGCUUAAGGAACGAGCCCAGAUACUCCCCAGUUGCCAGAGGAAUCGAGCGCCGAAAGAGUUCACGGAAGUAUAAGGAAGGCAAUGAGCCUAUUGUCGUCAAGGUUCGGCGAUCAGAGAGUGAGCGGAGGGCCCGGCGCAGUCCAUCGGAGACGAUGAAAGAUGAGAAUACACAAACGUUCACAUUUUUCCCGCAAUUACGAAUGAAGCAUGUCGCCGGUGUACGUGCAAAUCGUGCCAUUUCGCUUGAUUCUGCGUUUGUAGAACACCUUGAACAGCAACUUGGCGCGUCCCUCGGGAUUGGUCUCAGUUUACAACCAAUUCCUGCUGCAGAUCCAACAAUGUUUCCGCCAGUGGAUACAACUAUGCGAGCCACCUCUCUAGAUUCAGGCUUCAGUGCAGUAGCUAAAGCCCAUCAAAAUACUAUCAAACUGGAUGAAAGAUGGCGGCUUAGCGAGGAAAACUUUGACAAAAUUGAGGUUAAGAAAAGUAAAAUGGCAAUGGAAAGCGCAAAAAUGGAGCUGAAAAUAGAGGCGUUGAAGAAUGAACAUGAAAAAGUAAAAACAUCUUUACAGCCGCAACGCGCCCAAUCUCUAAAGGAAAAGUUUAAAAAAGCAAACGAAACUUUUGAGAAUCUUCACAACGAGAACAUGAAAGCGGACCAGCAAUUCGACGAGAUCUGGUCACGAUUUGCUCAAAUCAAACAAAAAUACGAAGAACUGAAAGUACAUCACAAUGCACAGCAAUUGCACCGACAGGCGUCUUCGGAAUCGGUCCUCCCCCCACUAUUGAACGCGGCAGUUACCAAUCCAAAGCAACAGCCAACGGCAAUCGUACAAGAUGUAAAGUAAAAUGUAUAUCAGCCAAAUUACACCUUUAAUUUUACAUUCGUGUGCCCAACAAAAAUAGGAAAAUGUUACAAAUGAAAAAGCUAUUUAGACAUGAAAUUUGAAGGGUUGAAAAAAAAGAUUUUACGAUGUUUAAAAAGUCAUGUGCCUUUGGUAACCUCGUCAAAUUCGAGAAAUACCUGGAAAGUGGUUUGUCUUUUUUGCAGGAGAUAAUAAUUAAAAAUUAUCUAGGCCUAAUUAAUUUUGAUGAUUGAUGACCAAUUCCAUAGUUAUGUGUGUCAAAAAUAAUCGAAAAUUAUGAAAUGUUACGUGGCAUAUGGUCACAUGACUGUCAAAAAUAUAUGUCAAUAAGCGCUCUCGUAGUUUUAAGUAUACAUGGUCGAAAGUUAAGGCAUAUACACAAAAAUGUAAGAAACAUGCACGUUUUACCAACAGAAUAAAUGGACCCGUUACGCACAUGUACUUAAUUAUUGCUCUGUGAUUAGCUAGUUUGUGUAUAUGCAUUGACCUUUAACCUAGAAAUGCGCAGUUGGAACUACGAGAUGGGUUAUUACAAAAUAUUUAUUAAACACAGAAACAAGACCAUAGCUGUACAUUUCAAUCGGAUUAUUUGAAGCAAUAUUAAAAAUAAUUGAACUAAAUGAAGGCCAGAUGUAGAUAAACGACACUAUGUAAAAUAUAUGUAAAAGAUUCUUGAUUUAAACAAAAAAAAAAAUAGAUAUAGCUAAAAUAUGACACCAACUAAUUAUAAGUUAGAUGGCUAGCAGAAGAUUAAAAUAUGUAUAGAAAAUUUAAUGUAGGCUAUUACAUAUCGAAGUGUUGACGUAAGAGGGAACGUUGCAAAUGUGACAUAACGUUCAGAAGCAAAAUACAAAGGAAUAAAAAAUACAAAAAAUAAA